UAUCACUAUUAAAUUAUAUCAGAUGCAUAAUUGUUUACACACGUUCGUCGUUACAGCACCAGCCACAAAUGUACAAUCGCAAGUCACAACGAUUGCCGUCGGACCUGUUUCGCUGUAGACGUGUCGUUUGGACAACAUUUCAUAGAAACGAGUACAAACGAUUGGUGAACGUCUUCAGGAGUAAAGAAAAAAAUGGACGGAUUAGUACAGUCGGUAGUGUACGAGACGUCGUCUCCCGCAAAUAUUUAUUCAGCAACGGUAAUGCGCAUGGUCGACGGUGACCAAAAGAUUGUAAUGGUCGCUUCAAAAAAAGACAUGAUCACUCUGGAGUCGAAGAUAGUAGACAAUAAGGUUGUAACUUCUAUCGUGGAACUCAACUUUUCCAAUAUUCCAAGUAAUGCUGAGAUCAUUUCUAUACACUGCAUAAACAAAUGUAAGGAGUUUGAUGAUUUUGUUUUUGGAAUAACAUAUGCGUUGAUUGUAGAAGACGAAGAGCCUGUAAAGUCUGUAAAGCCUGAAACAUACUUAAACAUAUACUCAGGAUUUCCUGGUUCAUCAUUAGAAGCUAUAAUGGAAAACUGCAUAACACUUAAAUUGGACUUUGUUCCAUUUCAAUUGAACCAUGCCAUUUAUAUGUCAGAAUCGCAAAAAAAUGGCAUGUGGUUGUUAUCAGGAAGUGAUAAAAAAAUACAUGCUUAUAAGAUUGGAGAAAAAGAAAUUCUUGAACAAAAAGUUGAAGAAUAUUUUAUCGAAUUUGAAAAAAAAGAAAAAGAAGAAGAAGAAGAAGAAGAUACAGAAAACUCAAUUGUUCUGUGUUUUGGUACCAAAUCAUUUAACAACUACAAAAAAAGAAUGUCGUUUUAUGGAUGUGAAACAGGAUAUGCAAUGUUCGCAAUAGUAGAUUCAGAAAAAAAUAAGAUACUGCAUCGUUUUUUAGAACGUUAUGAGUCGCCAAUAACAGUCAUGCAAUUGUUUAACAUACAUAAAAAAACUGUUGACAUUGACAAUAUUCUCUCAGGAGUCAAAGAUGAUUUCAUACCAGAUUGUGACACUGUAGAUGAAAAAGAACAAAUCUGUUUACUAGUAGGAAGUGCAGUUGAAAGUGCUGUUGUAUAUAUGAAUGUGUUAAAAAAUGAUUUAAGAAAUGCAAUCACAUUGACCGAUAGUAAUAGACACCAAGCUAUUGUGUGCGCUUUAAUCACAGAUGUAAAUUUUGAUUCUAAGAACGAAAUACUACUUGGGACUUAUGGAAAUUAUAUUUUAAACUAUGUCUACGAAAAUAACAAUUGGGUGGAACAACAACAAUUUGACAUGAGAGACUCAGUAUACACAAUUUGUUAUUUAGAUAUAGCUGGUGAAGGAGUGAAUGAUGUAGUUGUAAUGAGUGAGAGAGGAAUACAUAUUUUAAAACAUGAACCUAGCUACAUAGUUGAAGUACUAAAAAAUCGUUUACAACUAUAGAAAUUUGAAAAAAACUGAAUUUAUUACUUAAAUUGUGAACUUAAAAUGAUAAAUAAAUGUUUAUAUUCAUUAA